CCUUCCCUUCUUCUUCUCUCCUAAGUUCUAAUCAUGGGAGACAUCUAAAGAUUCUAAACCCCCAAAUUUCAUAUAGGGUUUAUAAACAAAUUAACAACACUGUCUUUUUAGUAACUUUUUUCGUCUUAAAUUUAUUACAGCGCGAAGGAUUCAAGGUCAAUAAUCGAACGAUUCGAACCCAUCAAUCCAAUCAAUGAUUUCAAGCUACUGGAGUAGAUUAUAAAGGAUUAAAGUAUCAAAACCUUGAAUUCGUCAUGGCUAAAAAGAGCAAGCCAUCCAAAAUCUCUUUUGGUGGUUCAACAUCAAAUACACCAGCAAAAGAUCCAGCUUGGGAGCAUUGUGAGGCAAUAGACCCUGGUAAACGAAGACAUGUUUUGAAAUGCAAUUAUUGUGGGAUAGACUUUUCCGGUGGUGUUUAUAGAAUUAAAAAUCAUCUUGCACAUACUAGGAAAGAUGUUGGUCCAUGUAAGAAGGUUCCCCCAGAAGUAAAACAAUUCUUUAUUACCUACCUUAAAAAUUUUGAAAACAGUAAAGAAAAGUGUGAAGAAUCAGGUGCUUUGGAUGGUGAAGAUGAGUUAGAGGGUUAAGAGAAGUUAAUGAAAGAUGCUUUUGAUAGAACUAAAACACCAAACACAAUUAAUAGCUAUUACAAGAAGCCAGGAAGAGAUGAUGCUUGUAUAGCUAUAUGUGACUUUUUUUAUGCAAAUGCGGUGCCAUUCAAUGCAGUGAACGACAUAUAUUUUAAGAAAAUGGUAAAUGUUAUAGGAGAGUUUGGAAAAGGGUUGAAGCCUCCGUCCAUGCAUGAAAUCAGAGUCACAAUCUUGAAAAAGAAAGUCGAAUUUGUGCAAGGCACCUUGGCAGAAUACCAGCAAGAGUGGAAGAGAACUGGUUGUACUUUGAUGUCCGAUGGAUGGACAGAUAAGAAACAAAGGUCUAUUACAAACUUUUUGGUGAAUAGUCCACGCGGCACAGUAUUUCUUAAAUCUAUUGAUACGUCUGACAUACAACAUAAUGCACAAAAGUUGUUUGAAUUGCUUGAUGCUAUUGUUGCUGAUCUUGGAGAGGAAAAUGUUGUCCAAGUGAUUACUGACGGUGCAUUGGCGUGUGUUAAAGCGGGUGAAUUGUUGAUGGAGAAGAGGAAAAACUUAUAUUGGUCUCCGUGUGCGGCGCACUGCAUCAAUCUCAUGCUUGAGGACUUCGGAAAUCUUCCUAUGCACCAUGAUGCUGUUGAGAAGGCUAAAUUUGUGUCAACUUAUAUCUAUAAGCGUUCUUUGGUUGUAAAUCUAAUGAGAGAACAUACUAAUGGAAGGGAUCUUACUAGGGCAGGGUCGACACGAUUUGCUACAAACUACUUCAAUCUGAAAAGCUUUCAUGUUCUGAAAGCCGCACUUAGAAAGAUGUUUACUUCGGAGGCUUGGACAAAAAGCAGGCAUGCCAAAGAAAAGCGUGGAAAGAAGGGCAAAAGAACAAAUUCCAGUCAAUUUCAAGAACGUGAGAAGUAGGUAUAUUGUUUACACGGGCAUUAUUGAAUUGAGGUGGAACACACAACUUCAUGGACCUCUUCAUGCGGCUGGAUAUUUUCUUAAUCCCAGAUACCAUUAUUCUCCUGAUUUUCAUGCCAAUUUUGAUAUGAAAAAAGGGUUUUAUGAUGUCGUGGAAAGAAUGUGCUCAUCCGCAAAGGAAAGGAUAAAUAUUGAUAAACAAGUAGAGUUGUUUACUAAUGCAGGGGGAUGUUUGGUCAUGCUAUGGCCAAGGAUACCAGAGAUUAAAAACACUCUGCUUUAUGGUGGAACUCAUACGGGGAUUCAGCUCCAGAACUCCAAAGGGUUGCUGUUCGUGUUCUAAGUGCCACAUGUAGUGCUACCGGAUGCGAGAGAAAUUGGAGUGUAUUCGAGCAGGUACAUACAAAGAGAAGGAAUCGAUUGUCGCAACAAAGACUUAAUGCACUUGUCUUUGUCAAGUACAAUCUCUGACUAAAUGAAAGGUUUACAAAAAGGCAAGAAGAAGGUGACUCUUAUGAUCCAAUAUGUUUGUCUGACAUGGAGUCUGAUGAUGAAUGGAUUACCGAAAAAGAGGAUCCUACUUUAGAAAGAGAUCCUACAUGGAUGGAUGUGCAUGAGUGUUUUGAAAUUACUGAAGCCGAGGCAAAUAAGAAGAAACGGAAAAGAGGACCGAGGAACCUAAGUACAAUGAAACUUGCACAAGGAAAAGGGAGCAGCAAAGGGAAGGAAAUAACAGUUGUGGAUGCAGAUGAAAUUCAAGAAGUUGAAGAGGAUGAUAUAGACGGAGACUAUAUGGAAGAAAUGGAAGAUUUUGAGAGAAUUGAAAUUCAAAUGCAAGCAGAAAGUGAUACUGAAUGGAUUUCUGAUGAUGGUUGUGAUUUGGGAGCUUGAUGACUGUUUAGAUGAACAUAUUUUGGUGGUUAGUAGUAGUGGGAAAUUGACAUGUAGGUAGAUUAUCGCCUUAUCGGCAAAUAUAUUUUGCAUAUGCUUCUGUUUAAGCUUCAGAUACUUUAACAUGAAAACAAAUACUUUUUGGGUAGUUAGAUACGCGAAUUGGAAGCAUACUUGUGGAGAUAAUCAAAGGUUAACUUAGAAGGUAUAUUUUGUAAAGUGAAAAAUUGACUGCUACAUCAUGUAUGAGUCUGUGAGCUGUGACACUUGACUUGACUAUCAGUUAAUGAAGUUAUUAUUUUGGGGUUUUAUUAUUAUUAUUU